AGAACGUUGCAAACAUUCCGCCCGAGUGGAUCCCAUGACAGCGCUGUGUGGGGGGGACGUGAUGGGAAUAGAUGAAGUUCAUGUCUUGGGUCACCACUCCCAGCGUCGUCAUGGACAAGACACCGAGUAUAAGUAUGGCCCAGUUCGCCUUGCUGUAGAAACCAUCGCAGUCCACGACUUUCGAUUCUCACUCACUCAUUCAUUCAUUCGCUUCUUUCAACCUUCUCUUCUUUUGAACAUAUAUUCAACUUGCUCUUUACUCCUCCAACAUGAAGGCUGGUGCUCUCCUCGCUCUGCUUGUGGCGCCUAUGGCGGCCAAUGCCCACUACAUCUUCAACAUCCUCGUCGUCAACGGCCAGACCAUCGGUGGCGAGUAUGCCUACGCUCGCAAGAACAGCAACGCGUACAACCCCGUCAUCACCAACGACAUUGUCAACUCCAACGACCUCCGCUGCAACAGGGGCGCUGUCGCUGGUAACACCGGUACCUACACCGUCAAGGCCGGUGACAAGCUUGGCUUCAAGAUCUUCAACAACGAGAGGAUCGAGCAUCCCGGUCCUGGAUUUGUCUACAUCUCCAAGGCUCCCGGAAAGGUCAAGGACUACGAUGGCAGCGGCGCCUGGACCAAGGUCAUGGAGAGCGGUCUUGCCAACCCCAGCGCCCCUGGUGUUGACAAGAGCUGGGCCAACUGGGACAAGGAUAGGCUCGAGUGGACCAUCCAGAAGAGCAUUCCUGCUGGUGAAUACCUUGUCCGUGUCGAGCACAUCGGUCUUCACGAGGGUCACGUUGGCAAGGCCCAAUUCUACAUGGAGUGCUUCCAGCUGAACAUCCAGUCCUCUGGCACUGGAACCCUCGGCCCCACUGUUAAGAUUCCCGGUCUCUACAGCGCCAACGAUGCCGGUAUCAAGUUCAACAAGUGGAGCAACCCCAAGUCUUACCCCAUGCCCGGCCCCAAGCUCUACGCCGGCCAGUAAGCGAUUCGCAUUGCCAGCCAGCCGUCAAGCAAACAAGCAAGCAUUUAUGCCAGCUGCCCAGCCAGCACACAGUCGAGGAGGAAAGGGUGUUUUUGUUCAUAUCCGCCCCAGUGGCGCUUCAUUUCUCUCUUAGUCUACAUUCCAUAGCUAUGAUCAAUGUGACUAUGCGUUGCUUUCCGA